GCACCAAAGGUACACUGAGGUACACUCGAAGUCUCCAACAUGGCGGCGGAAGAAGUUAGAAAAUUAUUUGUUGCCCGAUUGCCCUGGACAGCUUGUAGAGUCGCAUUACGCGAAUACUUUAGUCGGUUUGGUGCCGUUGAACGUUCGCAAGUGUUGUUUGAUCAGAAUACUGGAAGAUCAAAACGUUUUGGUUUUGUUGUCUUCAAAGAUGAAGAAAGUAUUGCGAAAACAAUGAAAGCUUCUAUACAUGAAAUUCACGAUACUGAGAUAUUUGUUCAGCCACACAAACCUCCAAAAAGAAAGGAUCAUACAAUCACAAACAAAGACCCAUUGGACAUGAUGAUUGAUAGGGAACAAAAAUAAAGUCAGUUAUAAAAUACUCAAUUUUCAUCUAAACAAUUAGAAUCAGGACCAAAGGAUUAGAAUCAAGCCUUGUGGUUGCCCUAUCAGUUUAAUGGACCUUUUACAUAAUAGACCAACUUACGAUCGAGGUAACAAGAAGGUAAUAGAUCACCACAGGUAAAAAGAGCAUACUGAAAUGAGUAUAAUUGCCAAGUUUGGCCACAAAUUGUUAAGUAUUACGGAAAAUAUAGCCAGGCAAAGUAGCCAAUUUUGUAUAC